AUGAAUGCCACGUCUAUCCUGGUCACAUGGUGGCCCCCAGAUGAGGUGAUGCCAGAAGGGGAGAUCAAAGGGUAUUACGUGUACAUUGAGCGCUCGACUGGCUCAAGCUGGGUGCCAGAGUCCCGUUACCAAACCAACAUACCUCCAGAGGGACAGCUGUUUAUAAUAAGUUCUCUAAAACCAAAGUCCAGGUAUCGAGUUACUGUCAGCGCAUAUUCUGAGAAUGGUGAAGGGUUAAAGAGCGAUCAGUUAGUGGUGGAGACACCGAGGAUCGACGAGAACAUGGUCAAUCAGAAACAAUCGGGAUCAGUGUCUCUUCCAAGUCCUCCAGCAUUGGAUGAAGUCAGCGCCAUCAACGUCACUUCCGUUUCGGUCAAGUGGCGACCUUCCCGAGCGGACAUUGGGUCUAACGCCGGCAACAUUCACGGCUACUACCUGUAUGUGGAAGUGUUAAAUAAAGGAAAGUGGAAGUCGGAGUUUAAAUUUGAGACCAACGCCCUUCCAUCAGGUCAACAGUUGACAAUAAAUGGUUUGGAAAGGAACCGGAAGUACCGUAUCAGGGUGUCAGGAUUUGGUCCAGCUGGCGAAGGACUUCAAAGCGAAGCUAUGACAACGGAGACAACAGAGAAUGUAGUUCGUGGCAGGACAGAAGAAAGAGAACAGCCACAGUCCACGGGCUUCUGCCAAAUAUAUCUGGGUACCAUCUGCUCACGGUUUUUGCGUAAUAAGAGCGUCUUCGUCAAAUCCAGGUUCGAGCAGUCAACGAAGGAAGACAGGGUCAAAGCUGCAGUGACAUACAUUGGUAACCGUCUGAGCCAAAGAUGUGCCAACCUGGCCUUGCAGACGGUGUGCUACACAGCCUUCCCCCCAUGUACAGCGGUCGGCAACGUCCCCACCCCUCGGGAUGUCUGCAGGGAGGACUGCUACUCCAUGGACUCACAGUGCAGGGAUGAGAUGGCUCUUAUCAGAGCCAACCCACUUGUUGGUGAGCAGCUGGUCCCUCCGUGCAGUUCUCUCAGGACAAGCAGUGUCUCCUCAGGGGGCACCUGUGUGCGGGUCAUCACAGGACUAGCCCCUGGCAUCGGAGCCAGAGGGGGAGAUUCCAGAAACGUAGCAGUUCCGUCCAGCCCCCAGCGUCUGGCGGUGAACCCAGUAUCCCGCUCCCCCUACCGCGUCCGCCUCGUCUGGAUGGCACCCCAACAGCCUAACGGCGACAUCACCGGCUACGAGGUUGCGUGGUCCACUGACGCAGGGGACACAUAUAAGAGGCUACUGUCAGCAAACCAGCUUGUGUUCGAGACCGAGGCCUUGUAUCGAGGCUUGCGCUACGAGUUUGAAGUCAGAGCUAUUAACCCUGCUGGAAUGAGCGAGCCAAUCAGAGCAGCGCUUGACAUUCCUGAAGGAGUUCCGGUGGGCGCCCCCCAGAACGUGGAGGGUUCGGCUAACGCUACUGCCAUAAAGCUGUCCUGGGACCCCCCCAGCCGCGCUCUCCUCAACGGCCGGCUGGCUGAGUACGUGGUGACGGUGUACCUGGCCGACAGCCCCUCCUCGGACCAGACCUUCCGGGUAGGCAACCCAGGCUUGGUCCUACAGAACGUGGAGCCCAGAACAGAAUACGUAUUCCAGAUCGCUGCCAGGACUAGGGCGGGGGUGGGGCCAUGGUCUCCCAGAGUAUCCGUUCGAACAGGCUGACGGUUCAAGGGAAAUAACUUCCUUGGAAAGACAUUCUCAAGCGAUAUAUGAUAUAUGUGUAUAUAGCUGGGGAUUGGGCUAGAAAUUGUCAUGAAUUUCUAGUCAAGAGUGGUUAGAAAAGGUUGAUGGAUUAAGGAAUUUCACUUCCAUGAAAAGACAUUCCCAUGACCGAAUGCUGCAAGUGUGUAUAUGGGUAGUUUUAGAAAUCGUCAUGAUUUUAGAAGUCAGAACUAAGAUUUAGAGAGAAUUAGAAUGUAAAAUGAAUUAUGUUUUUACAAGCGUAACAUUUAAUGUACAUAAAUGUGUAACUGUUCGAACAUAAUAAACAAACAUCCUGUAA